AGUUCUCAUCUCGUUUAGUAGCUCGAAGACCAUCAGCUAUGUGGCGUCUCUUCGUUUUAACUUUUGCCAUUUCUAUUUGCAAUGGAAAUGAUUUCAAAUCGGAUUUGCACGAUCCAGAAUGGAAGGAAGUGGUGGCCGCAGGAGGCAUGCAGAUUGGCCAUGGCCGGACCAAACGAUUCGUAGAACUUAAUGAAAACCAGCCGAAUAUACCUUACCAAGCCUGCCUCCUUCCCAAUGGCGCAAGCGGACACUGCCGUCAUUUGCAUUACUGCGUACAGGAAGACUUCAAGAAGGAUUUCACGAAGUUUAUGGAUUACCUUUGUAUCAUCAACCACUCAGCUAUUGGUGUUUGCUGCCCUGAUGGUAAGGGUGAAGGCAGAGCUGACGCUGUAGCAGGUGACCUCCCAGCCACUGCACCAAGGGAAGAAAACGACCUGUCGUUAAAGAUAGAUCGCGCUGAGAACAGAGGUUGUGGACUGAGCACUCGAGCUCAAGGAAGGAUCACAGGGGCCCAACCCGCGAACCCUCGAGAGUGGCCUUGGAUGGCUUCCAUCACCCCCGACGGCUAUGACCAGUACUGCGGCGGAGCGCUCAUCACCGAUAGACAUGUACUAACUGCUGCUCACUGCAUUGUUAGGUGGACAGUCGAAGAACUGUUCGUCCGUCUGGGCGAGUACGACUUCAAGCGCAGCAACGACUCGCGCUCCUACAACUUCAAGGUCAUUGAAAUACGUCGCCAUGAAAUGUACGACAAAACCAACUAUCACCACGACAUUGCUAUACUGAAACUGCACAGGGCGGUCGUCUUCAAUACGUAUGUGUGGCCCAUAUGCCUACCACCACGAGGUUUGCCGUUGGACGAAGAAGUAGCUACCGUUAUCGGAUGGGGCACGUUGUGGUAUAGUGGUCCGCACAGCAACGUCUUAAUGGAAGUAGCAGUACCGAUUUGGAACAUGGAAAGCUGUAAAAGCUCGUUCACCGACUCCGUUUUUAAUGAAACUAUAUGCGCCGGUGGAAAAGAAGGAGGAAAAGAUGCGUGUCAGGGUGACAGCGGUGGUCCUCUCAUGUACCAGAUGUCCAGCGGACGCUGGGCAGUUGUUGGCGUGGUUUCAUGGGGAGUCCGCUGCGGAGAGCCCAACCACCCUGGGCUCUACACACGCGUCGACAGAUACCUCGAGUGGAUUCUACGAAACUCCAUCUUCUAAACCCUUCUUUCUCAUGUGACACCUAGGUGUAUCUAGUUUUGAAGUGCAUUAAAUAAACAUAAUAUUGUCACAGUAAAUACAUUGUAAUUAAAUAAAAGA